AUGGUUGGGGUAAAGGUGGUGAUUGUAUUUGAUUUUGAUCGGACUCUCAUUGACGAUGACAGCGAUAGAUGGGUCGUCGAGAAUAUGGGUCUAACCCAUUUGUUCAACCAGCUCCGACCAACUUUACCUUGGAAUGCUCUCAUGGAUAAGAUGAUGGAGGAGCUGCAUUCACAGGGUAAAACUGUUGAGCAGAUAGCUGAAUGUUUGAAGCAAGUUCCGUUGCAUCCUCGGACAAUUUCAGCCAUACAAUCAGCUCAUGAUCUCGGAUGUGACUUAAAAGUAGUUAGUGAUGCCAAUCAGUUUUAUAUCAAGACUAUAUUGAAACAUCACGGAUUAUACAGAUGUUUCUCGGAGGUCAUUACUAACCCAACAUCAGUAGAUGGAGAAGGUAGAUUGAGGAUCUUUCCUUACCAUGAUAUGACUUCUUUUCAUGGGUGUAAUCUAUGCCCUCCUAACUUAUGCAAGGGUCUUGUUAUUGAGCAGAUCCAAGCUUCCAUGAGUGAGAAAGGGAAAUCAAGAUUCAUAUAUCUUGGAGAUGGGAGAGGUGAUUACUGCCCAACGUUGAAGCUCGAUAAAGGAGACCAUGUAAUGCCAAGGAAGGGCUUUCCAUUGUGGGAUCGCCUGCUAAGUGAUCUAAAUCUUUUGAAAGCAGACUGUCAUGAAUGGAGGAAUGGGGAAGAACUAGAAAGCAUCCUACUCCAGCUUAUUGAAAAAAUAUACAAGGAAUAG